AUGCUCCCUACACCAUGUACCUCCCACGUCUCCUUUGACACCAUCUACGAACCCUCUGAAGACUCCUACCUCUUCCUUGACACAUUAUCCUCCGAAUCCGAGUCAACAUGGCUCUCCCACCGCUUCAACAGCCCAUUCAACACAUCAUCGUACGAUAGCACAUCUACAUCACCUCUAGUCGUCGAAGUCGGGACCGGCUCCGGCGUUGUCCUAGGCUUCGUAGCCGCCAAUUCGCAGCAUAUCUUCGGUCGUCGAGAUAUACUAGCUCUGGGGACGGAUGUGAACCGGAAUGCAUGCUUAGCGACACGGGAGACAGCGGUUAAGGCAGUCCGCGAGCAACAGGCACAAGCAUCAGAGUCAGCGCCUACAGCAAAAACACCCUACAUAGCUUCCAUCAUGUCCGAUUUAUGCACUCCCCUCCGACCAGGGAGUGUCGACGUCCUCCUCUUCAAUCCCCCCUAUGUCCCGUCAGAAGAAGUGCCCCUGUUACCUACCGUGACAGAACAGGAAGACGAGAAGGACCUGUCGCGAUCAGCCAAGUUCGAGCAGGACUCGUACUUCCUUUCUUUAACGUACGCAGGCGGUGUUGACGGGAUGGAAACGACUGAUCGUCUGUUAGAGGCGAUUCCGGGUAUCCUGGAUCCUGUCCGUGGGGUUGCGUAUGUCUUGCUCUGUAAGCAGAAUCGGCCGGAGGAGGUUAAAGAAAGAAUUCAGGGGUGGGGGAAUGGAUGGAAGGCUGAGACGGUUGGGAAUAGUGGUAAGCAGGCCGGGUGGGAGAAGUUGGUGAUUUUGAGGAUAUGGAGGGGCGAGUAG